GAGGAUUAGUACUGGAAACUACGUCUAAUCCGGGCAAUGUUCGUGAGAGCAUGAGUGCGUUGAGCCAAGCUCUGCGGCGUCCGCACGCCCUCUAAAAAGACGUCAGCGUUUAAGGACCGCACGAAACGACCAUCUGGCGCCUAAGGGCAGCAUCGUGCGAAGAAACCGCGAGCUCGACGCCUACAGGACACCAAAAACAGCACCAAAGAGAGCCCAGCUGACAACAAUAUGGCCGCGGCCGAGGUCGACGUCCUCCAGCUCGCGGACCGGCCCUGGGCCGAGAUCUCGGCCAUCCGGCUGACCGCGACGCCCGCGCCGCUCCCGCCGCCGCCUCUACCGGAGGACGACUCGGUCCAGUGCGACUUCCGGACUUUGCUCUUCGUGCAUGACGGCCCCGUGCCGCCCUUCGCCGACUGUGAUAUAAGGGGGCGGCCGGCGCACCGCGUCUUCACGCAAGGCGUGCGGCGGCCCGGCGCGCUGCCCGCGGCCUACGGCCGGCGCGGCGCCGCGAGUAGAGCCGGCGCGCGCGAAAAGGUCCUGGACGCCCUGCAUACGACGCUUUUUACGGACACGACCGUGCGGUACGGCGCCGCGAAAAUCAAGGCGCACCGCUGCAUUCUCCACGCGCAGUCGCCCUUUUGUCGGGCGGCGCUGCAGUUCGCUCCACAAAACGGCGUCGACCUGCCCUUCUGCGGGGCCGCGCUGGAGAAUCACCUUAGGAGGCUGGUGGCAUAUCUCUACACGCGCGACGGCCGCGAGCUUGAGGAACUCCUCGACGCGUGCUACCUCGACGACGACGAGAGUGGUGAUGAGCCCGCCGCCGUGACAGUUGCGCGCGUCGCGGACGCGCUGCUGCUGGACGACCUGCGGAAGGCGGCUCUAGAUAGGCUCGUCCGCUGCGUCGACCUCGCCAGUGCUGCCUCUCUAUUAGGUGUCGCGCGGGACCUGACCGACGACCGCCUGCGACGGGCCUGCCUCGAGGAGAUCGUCCGGCGGGGCCCGGACGCGUGCCGCCGCGCCGCGGGGGCCGACGUCUUCGACGCCUCGCUGCCGCCGGCCACGCACGCGGGCCUGCGGCGCCUGGCGGCCCUCGCGGCGUCGAACCCGGUCUGCUGCGGCGCGGCGCUGCCCGACGCGCGGGAGGCGCUCGCGAUGCUCCGCGAGGCCCUCGACGACCAGGCCGAGCGCCUCGCCGACGCGGACGAGCGCCAGCGCCUCGAGGCCGACGCGCCGUCGGCGGCGCACGUCCUCGCGAACAUCGAGCGGCAGCGGGCCCACGUGGCCUUCCUCCGGGACUUCAUCGUGAAGCAGGAGUCGGAGUUCGUGGCGGGCGACCGGUGGACGCUCGGCGUCUAGGUUCUCUCCCAUUUUCUCUAAGACAAAGUACACG